AUGAGUUACUAUAGUACAUACUACGGAGGCCUGGGCUAUGGCUAUGGUGGCCUGGGCUAUGGCUAUGGCUGUGGCUCUGGCUCUGGCUCUGGCUCUGGCUAUGGCUGUGGCUUUGGGGGCUGUGGCUAUGGCUGUUGCCGCCCACUGUGCUGUGGAAGAUACUGGUCUUGUGACUUCUAUUGA